AUGUCAAAAAUUGAUUCCGUCUCCGAAACUGUCACCCAAACCACUCGAUUCCUCUUAACCUCCUCCAACUACACCAUAUGGAUUCUCCCCAUGACGGCUAAGCUUGAAGACAUCGGAAUUCAAACUUAUGUUACCGGUGCUCUCAAGACAGAUGAAAAGACCUCGGCUGAAGAAUUAGCUCAAAUUGAAAAACUCAAUGUCAAAGCUUAUUCGUUGAUCAUCCAGAAUCUCGACUCUGAGAAUCUUGCUCUCAUCAGAUCCGAUCUGGCUGCCCAAUCCACUGCUCUCGACUUAUUCCUUGAUCUUGAAUACGAAGAUGUCAACUCGUUCUGCAAUUCCAUCCGUCUAGCCAACCAAAAGCUUCUUCUUGCCGGCAUCAUGUUAGACGAUCAAGUCAAGAUGAUGAUCAUGUUGCGAAAACUCCCUCGAGAAGACUUCCGAUCAUUCCGCGACAUUGUUGCGAUGGGAUUCUCAACCGAAUCGUUUGAAGCAAUCGUCAAACGCCUCGAAUCCUACUCUUUUACCAACAAGAUCAAGAAAGAAACAAAAAAGGAGUCAACGAUCAAUCGUCCAAUGACGUUACUUACUCGGGAUCAUUCCACCUCUCAGCCAAACGAACCAACUCCAUCUGUUUCGCCUGUCUGCGUUCACUGCAAGAAGACCGGUCAUCGACCGACCAACUGUUGGGUCAAGUACCCUGAAAAGGCUCCAAAGGCACCUCCUACAUCUCACUACACUCAUUACAUCCACUCCUCAGGCAAACUUCGUCCAAUCGACAAGCACUGUCCUCAAGAAGUCCGUCUCUAG